AGGUAAGGGCGGGUAGGAGACUUACGUGUAAGAAUGCUCUAGAGCCCAAACUGUUGUUUAUCAGUAGGUUAUCUUGCUUUCUGAACAGUCUCUGAAAUAACGUAAGGAUCAGCGUUCGAUCACUAGAGCGUGUGUUACGUGCUUCAAAGAUGGUGUCGUGAGGUGUUGCUGGGUACUGUUGUUCUAGAGGUCUUCUAAGUCUCAAUACAUUAAUUAUUAUCGUUUUUUGUUAGAGCUGCUUAGAGUCAGUGCUAUAAGUACAUAGGUUUAACCAAAGUAAUCUCUGCAGGAUUAAUCGAUUAUUAUUUGAAUAUGUGAAAGAGCAGUCGCUAGCAAGGAACGUAUCUAGUUGGAUAGGUUGUUAAUGACUGUAAACUGUUGCUGUGUUUUGAACUAUAUUGGUCUUGCUAGCUAGACGGUUUUGCAUUGAAAUUUGACAGAUUAGAAACUAUCGUCAACUAGCCCGUGCUAUCUACUGUAGCUGGAUAAGAUCGUGCGUGACCUUCCUUGCUCCCAGGUGGCAAAUGUUACAGACAAAAUAAACGUGGCUCCACAACUGCCAUUCAUGGCUAGUUGCCUUAACAGCUUGUGUAAGUGAAACAGAUUACUGUCUAGACUUAAGGUGAUUUGUUUUUAAGCUGAUAUAGCUAGCUAAGCUUGCUUGAUCGUGCUUUGUCAAUUCAGAACUACGCUAGCCAGUGAGAGUGGUCUCGCAGCAUCUGGAUUCAACGAGUUUAGUUAAUGCAUUAAUGGACCCAAGUCAAACACCUGGGAGGAAGCUCAAGCUAACCAAAAUUGACCGACCCAUAAUAAAGGGGACCAACAACAAAUAACUAUUUAUAGAUUUUCUUAAUUCGCAGUAAUGACUCACCGUUCAUUUACAAACUUGCUUUACCUCGGGAAACGAGCUUUCACAAUUUUGAAUAGGCGCUCAAGUCGCCUUCCUCACGUCCUGAUGGGGGCACAACAUAUUGCAUCACAGGCUGAAAGUGGUUUCAAACCCUCCAAAGUUGCUGUGGUGACAAAGAUGACGAGAUAUGAAUUCGAGCAGCAAAGAUAUCGCUUUUCAGAGCUAUCUGAAGAGGACCUAAAACAGCUGCUUGCGUUGAAAGGCUCCAGCUACCUUGGGCUUCUAGAGAGACACAACAUCCACACCCGCAAUGUGGAACACAUUGUGGAGAGUCUACUGAAAGAGGGCAUUGAGGUGCGUCUGGUGAAGAGAGGUGAAUAUGAUGAAGAAACAGUGCUAUGGGCAGAUGCAAUUAUUUCUGCAGGUGGUGAUGGGACUAUGUUACUUGUCGCCAGUAAAGUUUUUAAUAAAGACCAACCGGUUCUUGGGGUUAACACAGACCCUGAAAGAUCAGAGGGACACCUGUGUCUUCCUGUGCGAUACACACGUGCCUUUCCAGAGGCUAUACAAAAACUCUGCCGUGGUCAGUUCAGGUGGCAGUGGAGGCAGCGGAUCCGUCUACACCUGGAGGGAACGGGGAUAAACCCCACCCCAGUGGACCUGCAUGAACAACAGCUCAGUCUUGAACAACAUAACCAGGCUCACCGCAUCACUCUUAUGGAGGCCCAACGUAGUGAAGUCGACAGCUUAUCCAAGCCCUACCUUCUCCCUGUCCGAGGCCUGAAUGAGAUCUUCAUUGGUGAAUCUCUGUCUUCCAGGGUGAAGUGUAACCCCCUCAAACCUCAUCUCACCUUCUCGCUCCAUAGGGCUUCCUACUAUGAGAUCUCUGUGGACGACGGGCCGUGGGAGAAGCAGAAGAGCUCCGGUCUCAGUAUCUGCACUGGAACUGGAUCUAAGGCCUGGUCUUACAAUAUUAACAAAUUAGUUGAACAAGCUGUGGAGGAAGUGUUAUGGAUCGGAAAGGCAAAAACAGGUCUUGAAAUUCCAGUGACUCAGGACCUGAUUGAGAAGGUGACUGAUGAAUACAACCGGUCGCUGGUGUUUGGUCCAGAGGAAAGCAGAAUGUUCUUCAGUAUCAGAGAGCCCAUUGUCAACAGAGUAUUCUCCAGCAGUCGCCAAAGAGGCUUUGCCAACAGGGUGUGUGUGCGCUCGCGAUGCUGGGAUGCGUGCAUGGUGGUGGACGGUGGGACUUCUUUUGAGUUCAAUGACGGUGCCAUAGCAACAAUCACCAUGAAUGAGGAGGACCAGCUCCGGACAGUUCUCCUGGAAAACUGACUGGCCAGCUAGCCCUAAUCACAGUUGGAAGGGGAAUUAUGGAGAGGGGGCUGGUCUCAUGUAUUAUUAGGACCUGUGACCUCAAAAUGAGGUCUGCCCUUGUAGCUUUUUGGAGUUUCACAGAACAAUAUUUAUAUUCAGAACAGUGUUUUUGACUUUUGCAUUGGUGUUGGCUGUGUUAGUUAAAUUUCAUUUUUUUCAGUCUAGUAAAGAGCAAGUUCACUUAAAUGGUUCACUUGAAAUACUGGGUCUUUUAUUUUUAUUUUACAUUACUGUAUGUGUGCCCUUUUCAGGUGAUAAAUACUUUGUACUCUGCUGGAGUAGUGCUUUUUAAUACCCAGGUAGUUUGCCACGUGUAAGUAUGCUUCCUUUCACUUAUAUGCACCUCCUACCAAAAGUAAUGUUCCAAAAAUGUAAGAAAGGGGAUUUUAAGCAUAGUAAAGAGGAUUUUAAGCAUAUUAAAACUAUCAUUAGUUUAGUUUUUGUGUAUUUAUCAGUCAAAAUAGUGCUAAUUCCUGCUAGAAGGUUGAGAGAAGUAUAUAUUUUUUGUAUUAGUGGGCAAAUUACAAAAUACUUUUUUUAAUUCAAUAUGGCUGGUUUAUAUAUUUUUCUAGUAUUUUGAGCUGAUUGGCUUCAAACAAGUUGCAUUGGAAAGUGGCGGUACAGUAUGAAAAAUGAAAUGCACUAAGAUCAAAACCAAAGGUGUUGUACUACUUAAGGCCUCUUAAGGUUCUGCUCUUCAAAAAAACAAUAUCUACUCGGGCCAGUCCAUCAUUUGACACUGAAAAGUAUUUGGAAAAUGCUCCUGAGUAAAGAGGAAUGGUAUUAGUUAUGAUUCAGAAAUUAUGGCAAGGUCUAAUUGUAAACUCCUAUUGUGUUGUGAAUUCUGCCAGGGCUACCGUCUGUUGUACAUGUACAUGCUCCUUCUGAUGCCAGGCCAUGAAACAACCCCCACUGGGGGUAUUUGUCUGGUUAUUAAAUGGUGUGAAAUAAAAGUUUGUCAAAUA